CUCGUUACUUCCGCCUCCCCCCACCAUCCCCCACCCCUCCGAGACGCCCCCUUUUCCGCGCUCCCGGCUCUUCGGCGUGCCGCACUACCCCAAGACGGCGACGAGGAACCUAGGUGAAGAACACAGAAGAAUUCGCGUGUUCUUUGAUCGAUUGAUGAGUGGAAGGCCGCAGCGGCGGCGACGACGAUGAGGGCGGAUCUCAGCACCAUCCAGCAGACUCUCACGCCAGAGGCGGCGGCGGCGCUGGCGCAAGCCAUGGACGAGGCAGCUCGACGGAGGCACGUGACCACCACGCCGCUCCACGUCGCCGCUGCGCUGCUCGCGGCGCCGGCUAGCGUGCUGCGCCAGGCCUGCGCGCGGGCCGUGGCCGCGGGAGGCGCUGCCGCCGCCUCUGGUGGCGCCGGAGCGCACCCCCUCCACUGCCGCGCUCUUGAGCUCUGUUUCUCUGUCGCGCUCGACAGGUUGCCUGCCUUUGCGGGGGCCGCGCUUGGAGGCGGGGCCGCUGCUCCUCCCGUUUCCAACGCGCUCGUUGCGGCUCUCAAGCGCGCGCAGGCCCAACAACGGCGGGGCUGCCCUGAGACGGCACAGCAGCCGCUCCUCGCCGUUAAGGUGGAGCUCGAGCAGCUCGUGCUCUCCAUCCUCGACGACCCUUCGGUCAGCCGCGUCAUGCGCGAGGCGUCCUUCUCAUCUGCUACCGUGAAGAACACCAUCGAACAGUCUCUCACCUCACCCUCCCCUUCGUCUUCCACCGCAGCGUGUAGUCCUGUGCCGACACCAACCCCCUUCUCCCCAUCCCCUUCCUCUCUUUUGCGCGCUGGCACCACCAACGCAUAUAUCAACCCUCGGCUGGCGGCAGCGGCCGCUGGAGCCGGCUGCGGGGAUGAUGCGCGCAAGGUUCUUGACGUCAUGCUCAAGCCAGCGCGCCGCAACCCGGUUAUCAUUGGAGACUCCGGACCAGACAUGGUGCUGAAGGAGGCAAUUCGAAGAAUCCCAACGGCCAGCUCCCCUUCCCUCGCUGCAGCCAAGAUCCUGCAUCUGGAGGCGGAACUCGCCAAGCUUGCUGGCGACAAGGUGGCGAUGGCGGAGAGGAUCGGGAAGCUGGGCGCCGUAGUCGAGAGGCUCGUUGGUGAGCACGGCGGGGUAAUUCUUGACCUCGGGGACCUGAAGUGGAUGGUGGAAGGCCCUGCCGCGCCGUCGUCGGAGGGGGCCAAGGCGGCCGUUGCUGAGAUGGGGCGUCUGAUCAGGCGUUUCGGGCGCGGUGAAGUGUGGGCCGUCGCCACUGCAGCGUGCGCCACGUACCUCCGGUGUAAGAUCUAUCACCCGGGGAUGGAGGAUGAAUGGGAUCUCCAAGCCAUGCCGAUCGCCGGCAGCACGCCUCUUGCUGGAGCUGCUCUGAGGCCUGGAAGCAGUGGAACUCUCAGCAACUCGGUGAGGAUGUUAUCACCAAGGCCCCGGCCUUCGCCAGCGACACCAACGGCUCUCCGAUGGCCGCCAGGUGGUGGCCUUACUCAGAUGGUGAAGCCAGCCAUGUGCAUGCUCUGCAAAGGUGGUUAUGAGCGUGAACUCACUAAACAUGCAGCGGAGCGGACGGCAGUAUCGGUCCCUAAGGCUGCCAACACUAGUUUGCCGCAUUGGCUGCAGCAGACCAAUGAUCAAAAUCAGUCUAAGGCACAAGAGUUGAAAUGGAAAAGGAGCACGGGCGAGCUUGAGAAGAAAUGGCGUGAGACCUGUGCCCAUAUCCACUUGACCCAUGCUGGAGCGCCAGCACUCUCCGUGCCUUUAGCCUCGUCCGGAACAUGUCCACGUGUUGAGGUCAAAUUGCCUAUUGCAAGGGGUGCUGCUAUUCAGACUGUUAAGAUGAACACUAACCAGGAUAAGCCAGCAUCCAGCCCGAUGGUUGACCUUCGCAAGAGCCCACCAAGAAGCCCAGUGAAAACUGAUCUUAUGCUUGGUCGCUUGGACGCUGCCGUCAAUCCUACAAUCGAUAAAGAGCGGAAGGAAAAUUAUGAGGGACUAACUGCCCUGCAGAAGGCUAAGAUAGCUAGAAUUUCAGAUAUUGAUUCCUUCAAAAGGCUCAUCAAGGGGCUGACAGAGAAGGUUAGCUGGCAGUCUGACGCAGCUUCAGCCAUUGCUGCUGUUGUUGUACAAUGCCGAUCUGGAAGUGAGAAGCGUCGGACCCUUCGAACAAGAGGUGACAUAUGGCUCAUGUUUGUUGGCCCUGAUAAGGCAGGUAAGCGGAAAAUGGUGAACGCGUUGUCUGAGCUGAUGGCGAACACGAGACCAGUGAUUGUGAACUUUGGUGGUGACUCCGAAUUGGGAAGUACUAAGAAUGAUGGACUGAACAUGGGUUUCUGGGGUAAAACUGCACUUGAUCGGGUCACUGAGGCAGUUCGGCAGAACCCAUUCUCAGUAAUUGUUCUGGAAUGCAUUGAUCGAUUGGACACAGUUGUUCGUGGAAAGAUCAAGCGGGCAAUAGAGACUGGUCGUCUGCCGGACUCUCGUGGACGUGAGGUCAGCCUUGGUAAUGUCAUCUUUGUUCUUACUACCAAUUGGGUACCUGAUGAACUUAAAGGACCAGACGUUGAGUCUUUGCUACAAGCUGAACUAAGAAUGUUGGAGAUAGCAGGCUCUAGUUGGCAGCUAGAGCUCUCGAUUGGGGACAAGCAGGCCAAGCACCGAGCAGAUUGGCUGUGUGAUGAUGUUCGCCCUGCAAAGGUGCCCAAAGAAUUGUCCAGUAGCCAUGGUUUGUCGCUUGACCUCAAUUUGGCCGUUGGUGCCUUGGAUGACACCGAGAGUUCACAUAAUUCUAGUGAUAUCUCAGUGGAGCAAGAGCAAGAGAAAGGGCAGCUUGCAGUACUGUGUUCGACGCCUGCCCCUGACUGUGAUCUAUUGGAACUCAUUGACGAUGCCAUUGUGUUUCGGCCGGUUGACUUUAACCCAUUUAGGAAGACUAUUAGAGAUUGCAUAUCAGCAAAAUUUGAAUUGGUCAUUGGGAGCAUCAACUCAUUCAGAAUCGAUGAAGAUGCCAUUGACCAUAUGGUUAGCAGCGUCUGGCUAACCGAUGAGAGGUUAGAGGACUGGGCUGAAGAAGUAAUUAUGCCAAGCAUUGCGCGAUUGUGGCACAACGUGAAGCAUGACAGCGCACGUGCUGUCGUCCGCCUCGCAUUAGUUGCGGAAGAGGCGUUGCCAAGGUGGUGUGAGGGAAGGGAAGGGCUACCAGCGACAGUAACAAUCACCAUUGAUGGAAUGUAGAGGGCAUUUGAGAAAGUAAAUUCUUUGUACGUAGAUAUGUAAAUACUUUGGAUAUCUUCUGCUAUAUGCUGGGGUGGGGGGUGGGGGGACUAUGGGAAGCACAUAGGACUACCAAAUAGGCAGGAGGUUAUAGAUUUUAUAACACCCAAAUAUGUGGUCUAUAGUUUCGAUAAUAUUUGUAGUUAUGUUCCUUGGAAAGAAAAUAUAUAUUUUAUUAUACUAUCUUCUAAUGUUGCGAAGGUUGAUAUGUAGAGGCAAUAAAGGAAGUAAAUAAAUACUGAA